GUGUGUGUGUGUGUGUGUGUGUGUGUGUGUGAGACAAAUAUUUCAUUGUAUUUUAUCCAGACAAUGCAUAGUAGUAAUUUUUGCAUUUGCCUUCAAAGAUGUCAGGGAAGAGGCAAAAAAGCAUCCUUUCAUGCUUCUCCCAGCUCCCUAAAAAGGUGGCCAGAUUAGGCCAAGAAAAGGAGACUGUGGAGAGGGCAGUAGUGGAGGACACUGUAGAAGAGGCUGUAGAGGAGGCAGUGAAGAAGACAGCUAUGGUGUCAGUAGAGAAUGAGUCAGUGGAAGAAACUGAGGAGGACACUGUAGAAGAGGUUGUAGAAGAGGCAGGGAAGAAGACAGCUAUGGUGCCAGUAGAGAAUGUAUCAGUGGAAGAAACUGUGGAGGACACCAUAGAUGAGACAGUGGAAAAGCCACUGGAAACAAGAAAGAACAGAGGAUUAAGUGGAGCAGCCACCUAUAGGUGUACCUUUAAGAAGGAAUGGUCAACCCAAUGGCCAUUCAUCACAAUGGGAACCACUAGCUCCUUCUACUGGUGCUCAGUCUGCAGACAAGAAAACUCCUGUGCCCAUCAAGGCGUGAGGGACAUAAGCAGGCAUGUAGAAGGCAAGGGACAUCGUGCCAAAAAACAGGCUCUAAACUCAGCCAGCAGUGUUACACAGUUCUACACACCAGCAACUUCUGUUGGAGGCAUGAGUGUACAAGAGGCCAAGACAAGGAGAGCUGAGGUGAAGGUUGCUGUUGCAAUGGUGCAGCACAAUAUUCCAUUUUCUGUUGCUGACCAUUUCAGCCCCUUGUACAAGGAAUGUUUUGGAGACUCCCCCACGGCUCAGAGCUUUAAGAGCGCAAGUACCAAAACAACGUGCAUCAUAAAUGAAGCAGUGGCACCACAUUUCAAGAAGGAACUGGUGAUGAAGAUGAGAGAGAAUCCUUUCACACUUGUCACAGAUGGCUCAAACGAUACUGACUCCUGGUUGCCAGACAGUGACGCGCUAACCUCCGCUCUGCUCACUCACUGGGCGGAGCUGGAGUUAACCACUCACCUGCACACCAUCAGCCAUCUUCAAUCAAGCCACCUGCCAACAAUCAGCCACUUCCACUCUCCCCUGGAUAUAAGCCCGGUUCACUUCAACACUUAUCGCCAGAUUACUGACCAAGAGCGGUGGUACAAUGACCUCCAUUCCCGCACUCGGUCAGUCGUUGAGAGGACAAUCGGUCUGCUGAAGGGACGGUGGCGCUGCCUGGAUAGGACUGGGGGUAUGCUGCUGUACAGUCCCAUGAAGGUGUGCCGCAUUGUGAUGGCGUGCGGCUUCCUCGCCAAUGUGGUACACCGGCACGGCAUACCACUGCCAGAGCAGUAUAUCCUCCCACCAGACGAACCAGAAGCUGGACCCAUGAAUGUACAUCCUACCCAGGAGGCCAUUCGGGCCCGGAAGAGAGUCACAUGGAAGAAGCUGGGGCGUCUGCCGGCCAAUAAGAUCACUUCUUACCUGCGCUCCGAGCCAUCCAGGCGUCAUGUUUACAGGUGUGUGUGCCGGGACGUCACCUGGGACGGUGUGAGGCGAGGCGAGGCGAAGCGGACAAUCAUGAUGUCGCCAGAUGACCGAGCCCUCGAGGACAUUUUGUACUGCAGCGACCUUGGUGACGAGGCAGAGGCAGGGGAGCUGGGCGGCGCCGCGGCAGCAGCAGGGGCGGAGGAGAGCGCUGCUGUAGACAAUACUCCGGCAGCCAUUUCUAAACAGGAGCCAGUAAUGUGUGCCGGCUGUGGCGAGCAGGUGUGCGACCGCUUCUUCCUAUUGGCUGCUGGCAGCGUGUGGCACGGCGUUUGUCUCCGCUGCAGCCAGUGUCAGUGUGAGCUGCAGACACAACCCUCGCUCUACUGGAGAGAUGGAAACAUCUACUGCCAGCAGGACUACUGCAGGAUGUUUGGCGGGGGUCAGUGUGCUCGCUGCUUUCAGCCAAUCCCGGCUUCUGCACUGGUCAUGAGGUCCGGUGAGCUGACCUUCCAUUUGCACUGCUUCUCCUGCGAGGAGUGUGACGUCACAUUAAUGCCGGGGAACCUGUACUGCAUGCAGGGCCAGAACCUCUACUGUCAGGCACAUUAUCACAGUGAUGGGAGCGUCCCACUGCCCCAUAACACCCUGACUGACCCAAAUCUGAAAGAAGGUGACAGGGAGGAGUCCGUCAGCAGUCCCGAGCCACGAUUGGACGGCAGGGCGACGGGUGGGCGGACCCGCAGGCGGACCAAACGAAUCAGGACGUGUUUCCGCAGUGAGCAGCUCAGAGCGCUGGAGUCGUAUUUCGCCCAGAAGCACAACCCUGACGGAAAAGACUGGACCUGCCUCACCCACAAGACGGGCCUGCCCAAGAGAGUCCUGCAGGUGUGGUUUCAGAACGCUCGGGCUAAGUUGAGGCGCUCCCUCUCCACAGACGACUCUCAGGUUCACUCCCCCUCCACUCCCCUGAGAGAUGUCGCCGUGGCAAUCGCGUCCCCGCCUCCAGCCUGCUCCCCUGCCGACCAAUCGCAGCCAUUCCCCACCAGCACCAUCGACCAGCUUCAGCUCUCCCUGCUGACCGCACCUCUCAGCCCGGCCGUCAGCCGCCGGUCACACCAGCCGCAAAACCCCGCCUUCUUCCUGGACUACGAUUCCCAGAGUGCACCUGGCUACAUCUCCUCUCUGGAGGCCUACGGGGACUUUGGGGAGGCUGGAGGAGGAGUACAGAGAGAAGCAGAUCCUGAAGUUGAUCCCUUUAGACCACAUUACUGCUAG